UCGACAAACAACAACAGAAUUGUGUAAAUGUCCGAGCGCAGGAGGGGCAAAGUCGUUGUGUUGCUCUCUUCUGCUCUCAGCUCCAGAUAUGUCUCUUCUGCGGUUCUGUGCUUCAACCAGCAGACACAUAGGUCCGCUGUCUAAGAGUCCGGCUGUGGAGUCUGUCUUUACAGGCUGUUCCCGUGCAGCCAGCGGAGCGGUGAAGGACAAGGAGCCGCUGAAGAAAGCCAAAACCCCGCAGGGCCGGUUUGACAACCCGGAGGAGAAGAACAAAGAUGUUCUGGAAAAGUUCCCUGAUGAUGUGAACCCAGUAACCAGGGAGAAGGGGGGUCCUCGGGGUCCAGAGCCCACCCGCUAUGGAGACUGGGAGAGAAAGGGCCGUUGUGUUGACUUCUAGUUCAUUAACCAUAAAGUGGCACUUUUGAAACCAUCGAUUCUUUUUGCUGUACACUCAAAAGUCUGAGUUUCUGAUCAGAAGGUGAGAAGAAGGCAAAGAUAGAAACUGUUUAUGACUGUGGUAAAACCGUAAACACAGUUCUGUUGUCAGUGACUGCAUUCUGUUUUUAGGUGUGUUUUACACAACGUCCCAGCUUUUUUGGAAUUAGGGUUGUAAGUGUACCCUGGCUGUUAAUGUUGUUUGUUCAGGGGUUCAUGCUCAAAUAACAGAAUAUCAUCAAUAGUCACGUCAAUAUGUGAAGGUCCAAGACAUGUUUUGCACAUUGCUGGCGUUUUGUUGCAGGUGAGAGUGAGACAUGGUUCUGAAUGCUGGUCCUGCAAGCUCACUGUGUUCUGUCCUCAAGUAUGAAUAUUAAGAUUAAUAAAUUGAAAGAUAUGAUUCAGUACCAGUUCAGUAAGUGUUGUGAUCCAUUUAUUUCAAGCCUGUAUUACAACUAUCCAAACAAAAUGCACAAUGUGUCCUCCAUCAUUCCCAGUGGGUGCAGUCUGGUGUGGAUUACCUGUGACUUGGAUGGAUUAUAUGUGAUGCUGUUUGUGUGGAGUCUGCGUACCUUCAUCUCAAUCAAUUUCCUAUUCUCAAACAAAAUUGGAAAGUGAAACAGUUUUUUUUUAAUUAGCAAUAUUGUAAGUAUAAUAAUAUUAUAUAUGGAAAUAGAGCAGUUUUCCAGUUAAUAAGAUAGACUUGUGUUGUUUCCUUAUUACAAAAUUUCAUAUAGUGAGCAUGCGCAAGGAAUCACAAAGGGCUUCUCAUUUUUGGUAAAGUAAAAGUACUUGAGUGAGUUAGUUUUCUUAGUAGGUAACACGAUAACGUAAGUUACUUUUUAAUGGCAGUGAUCUUGUAACAUGAUGAAAAAUAGACAAUUUACUUGUCAGGGAUGAUGUUUUUAAUGGUUGGACUCUUCCAUUUCAGCAGAUAGAUGUCAGAUGAGAUUUAAAUUAAAUUACAGGGAGAUUAGACGGUCGAAGGGAACUGUUGGCUGUUGAUAGGAUCUGUGGCCAAUGUGAAUGUUACACAUGCAGACUCAGUGGGAAAUAUAAUUUCUUUUUAAUAUAUGUCUUGUCAGAGAGAUUUGAGAGUAACGCAAUUUCGAUUCUCUGUUUGUCGUGUACAUACUGCAGAAUUGACAAUAAAACUGACUUUGAC